AUGCCACUGGCACUGGAGGAGGUGGAGGGGGCGGUGGAGGUGGUGGUGGAGGCGGUGGAGGGAGUAGGGGUGGUGGUGGGAGUGGUGCUGGGGGUGGUGGCGGCGGCGGCAGCAGUGGAGGCGGCGGAGGCGGUGGAGGUGGCGGAGGGAGCGGAGGCGGCGGAGGUAGUGGAGGAGGCGAAGGUGGAGGAGGCGGCGGAGGCGGCGGAGGCGGCGGCGGCGGCGGAGGCGGCGGUGGUGGAGCGAGUCGCGACUCUGCGUCGUGGAGUGGCGCAAGUGGUGGUCAGCGCCAGCAGCAGCAGCGGAGUGGUGUGA